AUGACAGAGCACAACCACCCACAAUCCCAAAGAUUCAGCAAUAUGCCAUCACCGGUUCAAGACCUUAUCGAUCUAAUCGACGAACAUCUCGCGAGCCAAAUCCACCGCUCAGGAUACCGAAACGACUCUCAGAGAAAUAUGGCAGGGACGAUGUUCGUAGAUUGGAAUGGUUUUGGGAUGCCGAAGGUCACUUAUCGGAGAGAAGAAGACGAGGAGGAGGACGCACAGGGUUAUUGGGCUAGAGGUUGGGACGGCAGGAAUAUGGCGGUUGCGUAUGGGUAUAAACAUGGAGCAUAUACGCAAUCUCAGCGGCUAAGGCGACCGCAGCAACGGGUUAACGAUACUCACAACUUCCUCUAUCAUGCUAAUCAUCGUCGACAUCGCCAUCACCAUGAUAGUGAAUACGCAAGCCAAACCCAAGGCCUAAACAACCACACCCAUAUCCGUAGUCAAGCCCAAACGUACAAACCCACCAUCUUCCGGUGCUUCGACCCCUCAAAGCGCUGCAAGAACCACUACAACGGCCACAGCACACAUCUUCACCGCUCACUUCCUCCUUCCCAUCCUCCCUCCUUUGCUUCCAACCAUUCCUCCAACCUGGAUUCCCUCGAGAUCAACGCAUCCCAAUUCCCGGACUCUGGAAGUCAGAAUCGUCUUGUAGAUGGCGUGAAGGAGCAACAGCUUGGCAGGAAGCGGCAGAAAAUUGUGAACUUUUUUGUUAAGUUGUGGAAAAAGUUCCAUAGCGUUAGCCCUUUGAACCCCCUUUAA